AUGGUUGAUUCCACAAAAAUAAAAAGAACUGUCAACAGAAGAGCUAGAGCUGCAGAAAAACUGAAGCAGGAGCAAUUGCUAUCUGACAAUGGUGCCGAGUCUUCAAUGCCUAUUGCAAAUAUCAUUGCAUCGUGCAUUCAGUCUCGUUUUCACGUCGAUACAUUAGAAACUUUGUCCAAAGAGAUCAAUCUUGUAGGGCUAACAAUCCAGCUCUCGACUGGAAGAGUUUUAAUCAACAAUGCUGACUUGCUGCUAAAACCGACUACGCAUUAUGGGCUUGUAGGCAGAAAUGGAACAGGAAAAUCCACACUGCUUACUGCUAUGGCCAGUGGUGUGAUUGCUGGGUUUCCUACUACAAUUAGGCCAUUGAUGGUUGAACAGAUUGACGAUGCAAGCGAUUGCACCAUCUUGCAGGAAGUGUUAUCUGCCGAUACUUACUUGACCGAUCUCAUGCAUGAGCGUGAUGUCCUUACAACUGCGCUAGAAUCGCAUGAUAAUGCGCAGAUUGCUAAAGCAAUGCAUGAGCUCCGUCUUACUGAUCAGCUUCGAAUUGUCGCAUCAGCAGACAGGACUGCCAGACUUCGAUCUGGUAAACGAGGUUGGGUAGCUCGCCAAGACCUUCUCAAGGCCGAGCAAAACCUCACUAUCAUGGCAUCCAUUUCAUCUCUUUCGCUCCAUGACACUCCAGAAACCCUCCUUCAUGAUGCCCAGGAACGCCUUGCAGCUACAUGCAGUAAAAUUGCUGCUGUCGGUGGCCAUGGCCGUCAAAGUUUUGCCUUGAAGGUUCUUAAAACCAUGAAUAUUGCUGAAGGAAAAACACACUCUCCUGAUCGACCGAUGAAUGAGUUGUCAGGAGGUUGGAAAAUGCGAGUGGCUCUUGCUAAAGCUUUAUACGUAAAGCCCGAUGUUCUCUUGCUCGACGAACCGACAAAUCACUUGGAUUUGGAAGCCAUUGUGUGGCUGAGAAAGUAUAUUCACUCGAUCAAGGACAUUACUGUCGUUAUUGUUUCGCACGAUCGUAACUUUCUCAACUAUACUGUAUCUGAAAUUAUUUGGUUACGUAACCAAUCUCUCUCGAUCCAUACAGGAAACUAUGACGAGUUUGUUGAGAACCACCACAACAGUCAACUGAUGAAGCAACGCAUGCAAAAGGCACAACAGCGUCAAAUUGAGCAUAUUCAAGACAGUAUAGCUCACGCACAGCAGGGAGGAAAUAUGAAGCAAGCCAUGUCGCGCAAGAAAAAGUUGGAUAGGUUUGGGCUGCAGCGGAGUGCAAAUGGACAUCGGUUUAAACUAAACCGAGAUUUGGUUGGAUAUCAUCACAGCGUAAGAGAAGCCAUCACGGUGGACAGAAAAGAGGAGCCUGUUGAGUUUACCAUUCCACUGGCAACAGCACUAAGACAUACUGGGACAAUGCUAAUUGGUAUGGAUAGUGUGACGGCUACCUAUCGUAGUUUACGCGGAUCAGGUAAGCAGAGUGUUGGUGCAUCUGCAGGCCCACAUCAAAUCCUUCAAGAUGUAUCCCUUACUGUAGAGAUAGGCGAUCGCAUUGUCAUUGUCGGACCUAACGGAUGUGGUAAAACCACUCUAAUGGAGAUUAUUGCUGGCUCGAAUAAUGAAGCCAAGAUCAGUGGCCAAAUAAAUCGGCACCCCAAUCUAAAAGUAGGAUACUUUGCUCAAAGUCAUGUCGAUUCUCUUUCGCAUAUCCAUGAAUCUGCCAUUGAAUAUAUUCGAUACGCUAUGCAAGAUCAUUUAUCUGGCCAUCUGGUUGCAUGUGGGCGUGGCGUUGGUAGCAGCUCACUGGCAAAGUCGAAUGGAAAUGAUGCGAUUGUUGGGUUGGACGGAUUGACGGACCAAAACUGUCUCGAGUAUCUUGGUCGUGUAGGUCUUCCAGCGUCCAUCUCUCGUCAGCCAUUAUCAACUCUUUCUGGUGGCCAGUGUACUCGAGUUGUUCUUGCCUGCGCCAUCUCUCAUGCGCCACAGUUGCUAGUGUUGGAUGAGAUCACUAACCACUUGGAUAUGGAAUCCAUUGAUGGGUUGCUUGAAGCAUUGGAAAAUUGGGAUGGAGCUGUGAUUCUUGUAUCGCACAACGAAUUCGUUGCUGAGCAAGUUAGGCGGAGCGAGGCUGGCCGUAUGUAUUUGCUGGAAAAGGGCCGACUGGUGCAGCUAGAAAAUGGAAUUCAGGAUUAUCUCGCAAAGACCCGGCAUAAGUCUGCAAAGCAAUAG